AGGUUGUGGUCGUGUGUAUUAAAUGAGCGAUAAAUUUCGCCAACUAAUUUUCCGAAAAACAGAAAAAUCCUGAGAUCUUUACCUUUAAUUUAUUAGUUUUAUGUGGACAAUAAUGAUUUGUGCUUAUAGUUUCUUAGUACUGUAUUAACUUUAUGGGAGUUUGUAUACAUCGAUUUGUUACUGGACUUAUUAAAUUAGUGCGGUGGAGUCGAGAGCAGAGAGUGGAGCUGUGUGGAGCCGGUGCCACGGGUCCUUAGGGUGGCGGAAUCACAAUGGGAGCGCAGCAGGCGAAGGAGCGUGGCACGGCCAUAGGCGCGUCCAUGCGCUCGGCCCGCAGCAGACCGCGGCCACCUAGAGACCCCCGCAUCCUGGGCUCGAACAUAUUUACAGAACACAGCGAAGCGUUGCGCCAAAGCCGGCCGUUACCGCACAUACCUGACCUGCCGGAUGGGGAAGGCACCAGCGCCGCGCCCCCAACACCCCAGCUACUCGAGACCGCUAACAGAUGGACGUCAAAGGAAGAUCUUCUCGCCCACCAAGAAGACGAUGAUCCCCAACUGUUCGUUGCAUUGUACGACUUCCAGGCGGGAGGCGAAAAUCAGCUUAGCCUCAAGAAAGGUGAACAGGUGAGGAUCAUGAGCUACAACAAGAGCGGCGAGUGGUGCGAGGCGCACACCCUGUCGGGCGGCCGUGUGGGUUGGGUACCGAGCAACUACGUUACCCCUGUCAAUUCCCUGGAAAAACACUCGUGGUACCACGGACCGAUAUCUCGCAACGCAGCCGAAUAUCUACUUUCUUCUGGCAUCAAUGGCAGCUUUCUGGUCCGCGAGUCGGAGUCCAGUCCGGGCCAGAGGAGUAUCUCCCUGCGUUACGAAGGCCGCGUCUACCAUUACCGCAUCAACGAGGACUCUGACGGAAAGGUGUAUGUGACAUCAGAAUCGAAGUUCGGUACAUUGGCUGAGUUGGUUCACCAUCAUUCAGUGUUGGGUGAUGGACUCAUUACUCAGCUGUUGUACCCGGCGCCGAAGCGUAAUAAGCCGACAGUGUUCCCGCUCGCUCCACCAGAUGAGUGGGAGAUCGACCGCACUGAUAUUGUCAUGAAACACAAGCUCGGCGGAGGACAGUAUGGUGAUGUCUACGAGGCCGCAUGGAAACGGGGAAAUAUUACUGUUGCAGUGAAAACUCUGAAGGACGAUACGAUGGCAUUGAAAGAUUUCCUUGAAGAGGCUGCCAUAAUGAAGGAGAUGCGACAUCCUAACUUGGUGCAACUGCUCGGCGUGUGCACACGCGAGCCGCCUUUCUUCAUCAUCACCGAGUUCAUGAGCCGAGGAAACCUGCUCGAUUAUCUCCGCACCGAGAGCCGUGAUCACAUCGACGCUGUAGUUCUCAUGUAUAUGGCGACGCAGAUUGCCUCAGGAAUGAGCUACUUGGAGAGUCGCUCCUUCAUACACAGAGAUUUGGCUGCCCGCAACUGCCUCGUUGGGGAGAACCAUCUAGUGAAAGUGGCAGAUUUCGGUCUGGCUAGACUAAUGCGGGACGAUACUUACACCGCUCACGCCGGGGCUAAGUUCCCCAUCAAGUGGACCGCGCCCGAGGGACUUGCUUAUAACACCUUUAGCACAAAGUCCGACGUGUGGGCGUUCGGGAUACUACUCUGGGAGAUUGCUACAUAUGGAAUGUCUCCAUACCCGCGUGUCGACUUGGCUGAAGUCUAUCACAUGCUUGAAAAGGGAUACCGCAUGGAGUGCCCGCCUGGCUGCCCGGCUGCCGUGUAUGAGCUUAUGCGCGGCUGCUGGCAGUGGAACCCGGCAGACAGGCCCACCUUCCGAGAGAUACACCACGCCCUCGAGCAUAUGUUUCAAGAUAAUUCCAUCACCGAAGAGGUUGAGAAACAGCUGCAAGAGGGCGGCGGUCACGGCAUCGGCUCGCAUAUGUCGGUGAAGAAAUCAAGUGUCGGCGGGCCGGUGUCGUCUAUUGCUGUGUCAGAGACACGCGCGGUGCAGAUGCGACGCCCCACCAACCGGCGAGGCAAACAAGCACCAACGCCUCCCAAACGCACAAGCCUGCUGUCGUCGUGCAGUUCGUUCCGUGAGUCACAGUACGCGGCCGAAGAGCACGCCGCCCACGACGACCUGGCUUCUCUUAACGGUGGGGGGCGCGGUGGAGGGCGCGAGGCGUCGUCCGAGGGCUCGCUGUUCAACUACGGUAUACGAAUUUUGGAGCUGACUGUACGUACUUUUGUUAACACGCCGAUAGAUUGA